AUGGGUCAAAAACAAUCAAAGCUUUCCCCGCAACAGCUGGACGAGCUAGUUAAAGCCACCCAUUUUGAUAAGAAGGAGCUGCAACAAUGGUAUAAAGGCUUCCUCAAAGACUGCCCCUCCGGCCACCUCAACAAGGAGGAAUUCCAAAAGAUCUACCGCCAAUUCUUCCCCUUUGGCGACCCAUCCCCGUUCGCAAACUAUGUCUUUCGGGUCUUUGACUCCGAUAAUAGCGGCACAAUAGACUUUAAAGAAUUCAUAUGCGCAUUAUCCGUGACAUCGCGCGGCAAAAUGGAGGAUAAACUGGAUUGGGCGUUUCAGCUGUACGAUAUCGAUGGCGACGGGAAGAUAAGUUAUGAUGAGAUGUUGGCUAUUGUGGAGGCUAUAUAUAAAAUGGUCGGCUCAAUGGUCAAACUCCCCGAAGACGAAGACACACCUGAAAAACGAGUUAAGAAAAUCUUUGGCAUGAUGGACAAGGACGAAAAUGGCAGUCUGGAUAUGGAAGAAUUCAAGGAAGGCAGUAAACGGGAUGAGACUAUUGUCAGCGCUUUGUCGUUGUAUGAUGGGUUGGUAUAG